GCUGGUCUGUUGGGCAGUAUAUGCACUUCUUUGGGUUACUGGGACCCCGGGUGUCUCUGAGCUGCAGACUUCGGAAGGGAGGGCGGAUGCUUGGGUGACUGCAUGUUAUUUCCUCUACACAGCUUUCCGUACAGCUUGUCUUGUUGUCACAGAAGUUAUAGUGCCGGUGGGGAAGUCACUUUCUGAAGUCUGCAGCUCACUCAUAGUAGGGCCCCCUGAAGUCGGAGUAGGUGCACCGCAGCCGGGCCCCCUUUAAGUCCCAAAACCCUCGGGUCCGGCACAACUGCAACCCUCCCGAUGGCGGCCUUUUAUUCUGGGUUUGCUUUAAGGUAGAGUGGAAAUGGGGGCACACUUAACAGGGACCCUUAAGGAAAAAUGCUGACAAUUUUACAGGACGUAACCGACGUAUAAUACUGUAUAUCAGUUAUUUCACUGUAUGCUCUAACCUGUUUUUCAGCUUGUUAUUGAACUGGAGAGCUGGAGAGUCACCGGUGACCAGCCCCCCUGAUAUAUAUAUAUAAAUAUAGUAUGAAAAAGUUUUUAUUUUAAUUUCCCAACGUUUCUAUCACAUUAUGUGGCCUUUUCAAGGGAGUACAAACACAACAAACAGUGAAGUGCACUGUGGAUGCUAGGAGUUGUAACUCAACUGUAGAUGGAGGGUCACCAUUCAUGUUAAGUUGUAAAGCUUUCAAAAUGUUGAUUCAGAUUUGGAAUCUGUUCAGCUAAACACUUGCAUUCUGCUUUAGAUUGUUUGUAAUCUUUGCCUUUGCAAAUGGCAUAAAGACAGCAAAAAGAGGAAACAGCUAAGGGUAAGAGAUGUAUGCAUAUGAUGAGAAUGGCUGCUGGAUUGAUUUUUAUCUCCUGGAAACCUGCCAAGUAAAUUGCAGAGGGAUCGGUUACAAAUCCUAAAAAAAUAAAUAUUUUGCUUAUCGAUUAUUAGGAAUCAUUUUCAUGGCUGAAUUACUUGUUUUGGAAAUUUAGAGAAAUAUGCUGGUGAUGUAAAAGGAACAUGGACUAUUGUAAUGGCAACUGCUUUGGUUGGAUUCUGUUCAUGCUGGAUUGUCUCUGCUGCUUCCUGUAACAUGUAAUCAUUUGGUGUUCCGUUCAAAGAAAGGAAACGGGAGACUUCAAAAAACCUUUAAUGUGCCUAAUGUAAAGAAAUAUGUUGGUUUAGGAUUUAGCCAUUUUUUGUGUGUUUGAAAAACAGUUGGGGGUUUUUUUUUUUAAAGUUUUGUUGAUAGCAAAGGAUUUUCUUCAAGUAUCCUUCUGUUGUUGCUAUCCUCAUUUAUUAUUAAUUUUUUCAUAUCGGUGAUAAGUUACCUUGCAGCGCUACUUUAAUAAAGGAAACCACUAUUUUUAAAGAUGCGUGUAUACAAGAUAUUAGUCAUUGCAUAUCCAUUACUACACUUUUCUCGUAUUGUCCGUUUUAUCAUUUUAUGGUGAUACUGGAAACUGUGGAGGGUGCAUCAAGAUAUUUGCAGUAAACAUACGGUGGAGUCCAUAAGAAUUUUUUUCCUGCUCAUAUGAAUGCCACAACAAAUGACCAUUGCCAUCAAACUUUGACAUGCAGAGAAAAAACCACACUGGAAAUUGACUAUUCACAGUUCAGCAUCUUUCCUCCAUAGCCUGUGUAUAUUUUUGUUUUUUCCUUUUUGUUACUUGCAGAUAUCUACAAAGCCAACCAUUUAUAAUUUUUAAGCUGGGUAUCUAGCCCCAAGGGACCUAUUCAUUACAAGGAAGAACACAUAAACAUGUUAACACAAGAUCUUUGUAAACUAAAAGCAAGGCCUACGUGUUCUUAUUUCAUUUGAUGCAACCUUGCUUUUCAUUUUUAUUAAUGAACAAUUUAAAAGCUGCAGAAAGACUUUGAGUUGCAUUUAUUUGAAGAAGUUGUGUUGUGUUUUUUUGCCCCUGCCAAAACAUUUUGUUUAUACAUAGAAUUAAAGCGGAAACACAUUCUCUGUAACUGAAGACUUAAGGAAGUGGGCCAAUGAAAGAGUGUGGAUAUAGUGAAAUAAACACUCGUGGUACGUCCCCCAUGGAGUCUCCUCACAUAAAGAAGAAAGCUACUGUACGGAGAAAAUGGGAAGUUUUCCCUGGGAGGAACAAGUUUUAUUGUGAUGGUCGGGUUAUGAUGGCCAGACAGACAGGAGUCUUCUACCUCACACUGAUUCUUAUCCUGGUCACCAGUGGUCUCUUCUUUGCAUUUGAUUGUCCAUAUUUGGCUGUGAAGAUUACACCUGCAAUUCCUGUUAUAGGUGGGAUACUUGUCUUUUUUGUAAUGGGGACCUUGCUGAGGACCAGUUUCAGUGACCCUGGGGUUCUUCCCCGUGCCACCCCAGAUGAAGCUGCAGAUUUGGAAAGACAAAUAGAUGUCGCCAACGGCUCUACUUCAGGUGGUUAUCGGCCUCCUCCUCGAACAAAAGAAGUGGUCAUCAAUGGACAGACUGUGAAACUAAAAUACUGUUUUACCUGCAAAAUAUUCCGCCCACCUCGUGCCUCUCACUGCAGUUUGUGUGAUAACUGUGUAGAGCGCUUUGAUCACCACUGUCCCUGGGUGGGAAACUGCGUGGGGAAAAGAAACUACAGAUUUUUUUAUAUGUUCAUUUUAUCGCUGUCCUUUCUGACAGUGUUUAUAUUUGCAUUUGUUAUAACACACGUCAUUCUUCGUUCACAGCAAAGUGGAUUUCUCAAUGCCUUAAAGGACAGUCCUGCAAGUGUUCUGGAAGCAGUGGUUUGUUUUUUUUCGGUUUGGUCAAUCGUUGGACUUUCAGGUUUCCAUACAUACUUAAUCAGCUCAAAUCAAACUACAAAUGAAGAUAUUAAAGGAUCCUGGUCCAGUAAAAGAGGCAAAGAAAACUAUAACCCAUAUAGCUAUGGCAACAUUUUUAAGAACUGCUGUGCUGCUCUUUGUGGACCAGUGAAUCCAAGCUUAAUUGAUAGAAGAGGGUUUGUGCCAGCUGAUAUGCCACAGGCAGUUUCCCCAUCCAAUGGACUGACCAUGUAUGGAUCUACCCAGUCUCAAAGCAAUAUGUGUGACCAAGACCAGUGCAUUCAGAGCACCAAAUUCGUUUUGCAGGCCGCAGCUACACCACUUCUUCAGAAUGAGCCCUCUGUUACCAGCGACGAACUGCCACUGCCUGGAAAGACUUCCAUACAUGCACCGUGUACCUCUUUAGCACUUGGGCAGCCAACACCACCCUCCUCGAUGCCAAAUCUUAAUUCAGAAUCCAUUUUAACAGACAUGAUACCAUUGAAAGAGGACCUUGGAAACCAUCAGUUUCUAACACCAGAUGAGGCGCCUUCACCUCCGGGAAUGCUGCCAGUAAACAGCCCAGUGACUCACAGCCAUACCAUGCAUGUCCUAAAUCUGGUCAGUCAAGACUCUUUGCAUGAAGAUUCCGUGCGUGGUCUUGUAAAACUCAGCUCUGUCUGAUCAACUGUGAUUCUACCAAUUAUCAGAAUGAAUACACAUCUUUUAAUCCCUGUGAUAUGCUUGCACUGUGUUAUGAGAAAUGUGCAUUGUACAGUGACACUCCGUUUACAAUGGCUAAGCUCUGAGGCCAGUGCAGAAAGUUUUGUUGGUGAUCUCCCCCCCCACAGUUGUCUGCCUCAGUUAAGAAAUCUUUGUUUUCCAGACGCGUUCUUACUGGUCAUCCAUGAUUGUACAGCCUCUUUAAGAAAUGUGGUCUGUGUAAAAGUCAAAAAGGACUUGGAGUAGUUUGUUACAAUACAAUACGCUUUAAAAGAAAAACAGUUGGAUGUACUGACUUGCACAAGAGCAAAUCCAGGAAAUCUGAAGGCAAUUUGAGGAUUGCUAGUUGUUUGGCCAGAAUACUAGGACUUCCAUACUUAUAGUAGCCUAACAUACUGUACAAUGAAAGCUGCACAAGAGAUAGAGAGAUCUUUGCUAGUCUUUUCUAACAUUUUAAAGCAAAAGUCAUUCAGUAUAUUUACUAAUUUGUGUUUCUAAAGCUGCAGAUACACUGCCCUCUGAGAUGCUGUUUUAUGGCGUGUUAAUCUUGGAAAACACACACUGCUUUUUUGUAAUUGGUGUUAAAAUAAAUACCAAACACCAAACUGAAAAAAUGAAACUAUUUUAUUACUUUGUUAUAAUAUGGUCAGUUGAGCUACAAACAAGGGCUGAUACUGAAUGGUUGACUCAUUUCUUUGCACAUUAUAAUUCCAUGACAUUUUCCCAUGUGCUGGAGUAUCUGGUGGACAUCCAAUAAAUAUACAUUGCUUUCUUAUGGGUCUCUGCUUAGUUGAACUGGAAUCGUUACUAGAAGAAGCUGUUUUGUCAGGACAUUUAGUUUAUUUCAUUCUGUUGAAUUUUUCAACAGCAAACUUUUGAAGUUGAUAUUUCCAGACAUUCAAGCCUAAGGUGUAUAACUAUUGGCCCUGCAUCUAUAGUAAGCAAAAACUCUCAGCAUUCCUAGUCAUGCAUUUCAUGACUGCCAUAAAGAGUGGGAAAACAAAAAUGUUUGGUUCCUUUAUAUAAAGAUUUUUCUUGGA